UAAAGUGACCACUUUAUAGUGACUUAAAGUUUGUGACAAAAUUGUAGUUAAAAACUUCAAGCACGAGUGGAGGAAGAUUGGCAAAAAAAAAACUAACGCAUGACGAAACAUGGGGAGUUUAGGCAACAAUACCACAUUAUAUGACGAUAAAAACCUGAGUUUCCCAGGAUUACCUGUAUUUGAGAUUUGGCCUAUAGAAAAAUGCAUCAGAUUGGCGAUAAUAGAUAAUAGCACAGAUCCAACAAAUCUAACUCAAAGUGAGUUUUUGUACAACGAUACUCGUCUAAGAUGUUGGGAGCACUCACCAGUACUGAAGAAUGGGACAUUAAUAAGAGGUAGCGUGCUUUCAGUUAUAGCAGUAUUAUCGUUUUUUGGGAAUGUAGCAACUAUAAUAAGUAUAAGAAGAGGCAAGCGAAGCAGAGGCAGGGCGAGGCCAUCCUGGACGGCGAUAUACAGUCUAAUAUUUCAACUGAGCAUCGCUGAUUUGCUCGUAACAGUAUUUUGUAUUGGAGGGGAAGCCGCCUGGAUGUUUACAGUGCAGUGGUACGCUGGCAAUGUGGGAUGCAAGUUAUUUAAGUUUGUGCAAAUGUUCUCACUACAUUUGAGUACAAAUAUAUUGGUGUUGAUUGGAGUUGAUCGGUGGCUGGCUGUUAAAUACCCUAUGAAGAGUAUUGGUACGGCGACGAGAAGUGGACGACUAGUCAUUUUAGCUUGGAUUUUAAGUUUCGGAUUGAGUAUACCACAGAUGAUAGUGUUUCAAGUAGCAAAAGGCCCUUUUGUUGAGGAGUUCUACCAAUGUGUCACGCACGGAGUUUACUCAGCGAAGUGGCAAGAGCAAUUGUAUACAACGCUGUCCUUGAUUUUUAUGUUCAUUCUGCCACUCCUGAUUCUUGUGUCGACUUACGUUUCUACUGUUCGGACAAUUGCUCAAAGCGAAAGAGUUUUCAAACCGGAGGUGAUAAGACACGAAAAAUAUCUCACGCCAGACAUGAAUAGACGGAGACUCAUCGACCGAGCCAAGAUGAAAUCUUUGCGGAUGUCCGUCGUUAUCGUGGCAGCGUUUAUUAUAUGGUGGACGCCGUAUUACGUCAUGAUGAUCAUAUUCACAUUUCUAGAUCCUGACAAGAAUCUUAGUGACGAUCUCCUGAGUGGAAUUUUCUUCUUCGGGAUGUCGAACAGCCUGGUGAAUCCUGUUAUAUACGGCGCCUUUCACCUGUGGCCCCGGAAGAAACCCUCACACAGACAUAGUGACAGAGAUUCUGGUGGACAACAUGCAUCUCUCCUCAGACGUGGGGACAACACAUCAUCCGUGAGAUUGACUACGAUCAGGUCUAUAAGAUCCUCAGGCAAAUACACCAACGGAAACAAUGUCAGCUUAUUGUAACUACGUAGAGGCAGUAAUUUAUACCCAAUUGUAAAGAGAACUUCGACUUAGCUUUAAU